UCACAACCCCCUGCCCCUCAUCAAGUACGCAGUGCGCAACACUGCGUUCGCACGGGCCCGUCUGGAUUGCCGUGUGUCACGAUGGGAAGUGUGAGGUGCAAAACGCGUACGAAUGUGCGAGUGAUGGGGUGGGUGGAGUGCAGUGUGUAG